AUGCCAAGUGGUGGACGCAGACGGAAGUGGCUCAAUUUUUUUUUUCGGGACAUGGCGUGGUGCGUGGCGUGCUGCACUGAUGAGUCGCAGCAACCAGUGGAAGUCAUCGCCUCGGAGGUGGUAAAGUCUCCAUCGUUCAAGGCGGUGAAUCAUGCAGCGAGUUCACGGAGUUCGUCCAAAGCGGCAGAUUCCGAAGGGAGGUCCUUCACCGUGGUGGUUCCGACCAAGGACUUUAGUACCUUGGGCCUCCAGAUGGAUGCGACGGAACCUCGUUUUCCCAUGGUUUUGGGAAUCGAAGACGGAGCCAUUCAGGAGUUUAACAAGGUCUACCAGGGUCCAGGCAUCCAGCCCUUUGAUGUCUUGAUGGCCGUAGAUGGAACCCAGAGUUGGGAUGCCAUUCGUAAGAAGAUGGCAGGCAAGUUACCUGACAGGCUGUUCUUGAGCCUGCAUCGACCACGAAGAAUAGAAGUUCUUGUGGAAAAGACAGGGCAGGGAACCAUGGAGACCAUGGGGAUGAGAUUGGCUUAUACAGAUAAAUCUGUUGGAGUCUUUGUUCAAGAGAUACAUCCCAAAGGCCUCAUAGCAAAAUGGAAUGCAGCGCGUGAUGCUGGUGAGAGGAUUGAAGUGCUGGACCGUAUCGUCGAGUUUGAUGGCAAAACUUGCACUGGCACCCAGUUGGCCAUGCUGCUUGAGGAGCAGAAGACUUGGCGUCUGACGGUGCUGAAGCACGAUGAAUGUGACAAUCAGGUCCUACAAGGCUUGAGUCGUCAGAGGACAUGGGGGCACUGCCAGCCUUGGAGCCCGGUGAAACUGCGCCGCCGCCGAGCCAGGAACUUGAUGCACCUGGAAAACUCGCUGAAGAUCGUAGAGCAUGAUACCAAAACCACCAUCUUCAAGGUUCGGUAUCAAAUGACCAAGGAUGCCAAUAUCAUGGAGACGCAGGAGAUGGGACCUUUGGUCAUGGCCAUGCAUACUGCAGCAAUCCAGCUGGAGACAUCAGUGACCAACUGCCAAACUGCCAUCAAUCAGAACAAGGACAGAUGCCAGGCAGAAUACAAGGCAGAAGCGAAGGCAGAAGCGGAGGCCAAGGCCAAGGCAAAUGGAAUGACAAAAGCCCAGGUGAUAGCCAAUGCAAAAGCCAAGGCGGAAGCCAAGGCGGAAGCCAAGGCAAAAGAUAAGGCGGAAGCCAAGGUCGAAGACAAAGCGGAAGCCAAGGUCGAAAACAAGGCUGAAACCAAGGUGGAAAGCAAUGAAAGCAACAACGGCAAAGCUACCAGGAUCUUGGCACCCAAGAUCUUCCCAGACGCCUUUAGCCUUCGUGGCCACGGCCCUGGCGUGGCGCAGGGCAAGACGGAUGGCCGGUGA